AGCUCCACGGCCGCCGGUACAGUCACUACUCCGCUUCCUAUCCAGACCGGUAUGGUGAGUGACUGUGAUGAGUUCCGGCUGAUCGUCAGUGGAGAUACCUGCGCGACCGUUGCCAGCGCCGUCGGAAUCUGCUUAGCUGACUUUUACGCCUGGAACCCAGCGGUGGGCGAUACUGGCGCUAGUCUGUGGGUGAACGACUAUGUCUGCGUAGGCAUCGGUAUGGCAAGCAACACCCCCAAGCGGUAUGGGGACGACUGCUAUGCCUUCCACUGGGUUGUCAGCGGUGACGACUGUGCGGAUAUUGCGAGCACCGCCGGAAGUACUCUAGUCGAGUUUAACGUGUGGAAUCCAGCCGUCGGUGAUACAUGCGCUUCGCUCUGGGUGGAUAAGUAUGUUUGCAUGGGAACUGCAUGA